AUGCAGUCGAAGCUGAACUUCUCGGAUGCGUACAAUCUGGCAUUUCGGACUGAGAAUAUUGACCCGUUGCUACCAGAGCUGUUUGUUGCGCAACGAGCGCUCAGCACUGUCCGCUCCGUGAUCGCCCCCGACAGGCUGGCUAGAUUACGAAGAGCUGGUCUCUCACAUGGUUGGUCGGAGGAAGACAUCGGAGCUGUUGCACGCUUCCGCCUCAUCGUCGCAACUGAAUCUCGUGAACUGAUUGAUGAGAUGAAUACUUGGGAGUCUGGCAAUCAGGUUCAACGGUUGAUGAUGGGUAGUAUGGCCAGGAAGAAGGGUGCUUUGAUUGAUUUGAUGGAUCAGAUUGAUGCUUUGUCAAGGCUUGGAAUUCAGGUGGUCUGGCAUCACGUUAGCAGGAUGGAGAACAGACCGGCAAUCAAUUUGGCGAAGGAGGCAGUUGUCGAACAUUGUACGAAGAACUGGGGAUUCCUGAGCUGA